CGUUGUCGAAAUCACCUCGUUUCUGACAAAUAGUCGGCAAACCGUCGUUUAUACGCAUAAUAGUUACAUCACGGCUGAAAACUUGCCGGUUUGAAUAAAAAAAUUAAAAGUGUCACAAUUUCGCGCGCGUUUUAGAAAAAAAAAAUACGUUAGAAAUUUUGAAAAGGACAUUUUUUGUGUAAUCAUUUUUGAAAAUGGAACUUUAUUAUAUUCAAUUCCAAAUUUAAUUUUUAAUUGAGUACGGUGACUCAAUUUUAAUAUUUCUAGAUUUUAGUUACACUAUUUGAAAAUUAAUUAAGGCAACAUUUGAAUAAAAAUAGGAACGUAAAAUUUUACGCAAUGAAAAUGAGCAAUAAAGAAAAUUAACAUUUGAAAAUGGAACAGGAAACACGAAGCGAAUCACCAACGACGAAUCAAGAGCAACCGUCAAAAACUUCUUUUUUAAUCGAAGACAUCUUAUAUCGCGGCCAACAGAAGAAUUUUCGAACACCGAAUGUGGAAAAUCGAAGAUUUGACUAUGAAAGGGACCCCAAGCCUUAUUUUCCGAUACCCAGUGACGUCAGACCACACGUGCCGAGGGAAGGCUCAUAUUUGCAGGUCGCUAUGGGCGCUUUGGGAGCAUAUUUACAUACACCAAAUACUUAUAAAAGUGUGGAGGCUCCGUAUUUUUUAUCACAAGGUGUCCCGUACCACGCACUGUUUUCCCCAUCAGAGCUGUCCCUCUCGGCGUUGAAGCACUGCCGAAGAAGGAAGGCGAGAACCGUCUUCUCCGACCCUCAGCUCACAGGUCUAGAGAAACGCUUCGAAACCCAACGCUACUUGUCUACCCCUGAACGAGUGGAGCUGGCGGGCGCCCUCAACCUGUCGGAGACCCAGGUCAAGACCUGGUUCCAGAACAGAAGGAUGAAGCAUAAGAAGCAGAUGAGGAAGCAACAGCAACAAAGAGGCUCAACUGUGGACUUUACUAAACAUCCAGCUCAAACAGGAGAAUAUAGAAAGGCUGACGAAUCGAGAAUGUCGACAACGCAGACAUCAGAUUCGGAUUCCGAGCACAGCGACAGCGAUAUCGAUAUUGUGGGCGAAUCGAACUACGCACAACACUACCGCGGAGAAACAUAAUUUUUUCAUACUAUGUAAGGAAAUAACCAACUUGAUAGUAGCACAGUAUAAUAAAGAGUACUACGUACAGUAAGGACACUCCCCGCCCCCCACUCGAAACGAUUCCUUCCCCUUCUUUCACCUUCCCGGUCAGACUCAGACGGAUUUAGUUGAAAACUGCUGUUUUAAAACACGCACACUAAUGUUUUGCGUUUCACGCGCACGAACUUUGGCUGUACGCAAAGCGAUUCGUUUGCUUUAUAGGAAUAAAAACUGAGUGUCCUGUCUGUAGUGAGUAGUACAGGUACCCGCAAACAAAACAAAAUCGUCCAGUCAAAUUAAAUUUUGUUUAAGAUAUUCAUUGCUUUAUUUAUGAAUUAGAAAUGUGUUUAAGCGGAACAUAAAAUAUGCUGUUAUUAUUAAAAUUAACUUGGAAACAAACGAAAAUACUAAUGUUUAAGUUUAGUUUGUAGAGUUCAAAUAAUAAUAAAAUUUAAACGUAAAAAAGAAUAGUAUUCAAAGUGAGUGAUGUCAAUUUCUGUAAUUGACAAUAGUGAUCUAGUUUUUAGUCGUCUGUUAUUACUUAUUUAGUGUAGUUGACUAAUUUUUAUUUCAUGCUAUCGAAUUAAUUCUUACGGCAAUAAAUAAGACGUCUCUGAACUGCUAUAGCCAAGUCGAAGCAAAAAGAGUCAAGAUAGAUUAAUUUUCCUUAAAAUGAAAAUUAGUUUAAUUUUUAAUUCCUGUAUUAAUAUUCUCUUGGUAUCUCAAUUGAAAAUACAUUAAGACCAAGUUGUUUGAAUCUAAAAAUUUGUCAAAUUCACUAAAUCCCAAAAUAGUAAUAUUUAGCAAUUAGUAUAAUGUGCAAUAAUAGUGCAUCCUGUAUAUUUCUAGUCGUUCGGGUCUAGUCAUAACCCUAAGUCUUCUAAAAAGUGAUACAGAGUAAAUGCUGUAUGAUUUAAGUUGGCUAGUAAUUCUCGUACACCAAUGGAGAUCGCAGCUAAAUAGGCAUUUACAUGAAUCCAAUCCAUGGGAUUAUUAAAGUUUAAAGAAAUAUAAUUAUUAUAGUUAACUUUAGUUUCUUGACGUUUUUACAGAGGCAUAAUAUCGAGUGAACAAAAGCCAAGUUCUAAAAUGUCUUUUCAAAAUGCCUUUAUGAAUAUACCUAGGUAUCUUUUGCAGUUUAAAUAAUUACUAGUUUUGAAUUAGACGUUGAAUUUGCGAAUGAGAUAGCACUAAUAAAACAACUUCAAAUCUACAAGGUUUCUCUGUCACACUUCCAUAGUGCUCAUCAACAUACAUAGUUGGUUAAACCUGUUAAUUAAUAAAUUUUAGUUGUGUAUUUAUUUAUUUGUACAUAAAGUUUUGAAGCUCAAUAAAGUAGUAUAA